AUGGAUGGGCUUUUGACGGCUAUCAAGACCGUCAAGCAAGAACCGGAUCAUUCAUUGGCAACAGUUGAAACAACUCGUCGCAGCGAUGCCCUUACACCCUCCAGUAUUAUUGGUUUGGAUGAAGAUCUGACUCCGAAUCAGAUUAUAGAUGUGCUGAAAUCUCAGCCUUCUUCGGAGCAGAUCUCGACGGCAUUAGCUGCACUUGAUCCGUUUAAUAGAUCAAAAUCACUCAAUGUUGACAUUCGAGUCCCUGGUCCUGUAUCAGCUCAGAUCCUCCAGACUUUAGUCAGCACCACCAUUCCGGAUCACUGGGCAUCUGUUGUGGGAAAUGACAAAAAACUCAAAAGCACAAAAAUCAGAGCUGCUUUAUUGCGUUGCUUGAGCAGUGUUGCUGGUAUUGGCUCUCUUGUGGCUCGCCUUCGAUCUCUCAUCCUAUCUGCCCGAGCAUCUUCCCAGCAAAUCCAAGGCUCGAACAGUCAUUCAGCUAUUCAAGAUAUUCUAUCUGUUCUUGCUGCUUUGUUGGAACCCAAGGACUUUCUGUUCCGUCUUUAUGGUGAUAACUCGUCUCUUUAUGAUAAUCAUACUCGGCAAAAGGUCUCGUGGAAUGAACUUGUGUCUCUUGUUGCCUCCGGGAAGAUUGUGUCCACGGCAGCAGAGGCGUUCACAGUGGCCAAUAAAAUCCAAUCAUCUUCUAUCGCUUGGGUUGGGGAUGGCCGUCGCUAUGCAUCAUGGCUUGGUGUGAACAUCUCCCACUUCAUUUCAAAGCUUGAUGUCAAUGACGAAAGCGGUUGGUCUUUUGUCGCCACGUUAACAGAGCGAGCUCUCAGCCUGGGUUAUUCAUCUUCGUUGGUCCCUGAGAUUUAUGCAAGUCUUCUCCGCGAUCAGUCAUUCUCCAAAAGGUUCAGCUUAUUUGUUGAUAAGCUCAGGCUAUCAGCACAGCUCACUAUCCUUCAACUCAUUCUCCUAGAUCUCCCCAUCAAAUAUUCAUCAAUUCGCCUAUGUGACUAUCCCAAUGACUCAAGUGCAUGUACGGAUAUUAUCAAUGGAGCAGCAACUUUGUUGUCCACAAUCAUUGGUGAUCGACUACACUUCAAAGAAGAGAUCACAGACUGGCUCGCAAAAGGCCGAUUCGCGGCAGCUUUUCCAGUUGGUAUUAAUCGAGCCAUUGUAGCAACUUAUGAUAAUGAAAAUGAUGCACUCAAAACCUUGAUAAUUCGCGCCCUCGAGCACUUUGGUGAUAAGUUUGCUAUUAAUCACAAUAGUGACCGCGAACACGAUGCCAAUGCUCAAAUCAUUCUCCUGGCAGCAGGCCGUCUAAGUAGACUUGGUCCUUCUCAAAUCAAAGAGGUCGGUCGCUCAGGGGCUUUUUUGACCGCAAUCUCCAAUCGACUUGCCGCGUCUUCUAAUAGAGCACGAUUAAUGGGCAUGAUCGUUGGAACGGGCAUGUCUGAGCUUGUGGAGGAGCCUGGUAAAUCAAUGAAGUUCGACCUCGAAGAGAUGCGGAGCGCAGAAACUCAAUGGUAUCUGAGCCUGAUAAGGUCUCGAGAUGAUGUUGGAUCUUUUGAGUCCAUCCAAUCUCUUUUGAAGACAGACGAACCCUCAUCUGCUCCUUCGAAAGCUAAAAAUCCUAAACCGCCCUCACGUCCCCAGAGAAUAGUAGAGGUCAUCAGCGAUGAUGAGGAUGAGGACGAUGAAACAGAAGAUGAGGACCUCAUCCCGUACGAGAAGCCUGAUGAUGAUGCGGAGGAUGACGAUGAAGAUGCAACGCUAGUACAACGAAACAAGCCAACGGCACCUGUGUACAUCCGUGACCUAGUCACAUGGCUCCGAGACAACGAAAAUGUCGAGCGUUAUCACCUCGCUAUCACCACCGCGCCGAGUCUGAUCCGUCGUAAGAUUGAAUUUGGCAGCGAGCUUGCCGAGUACGUCGAGGAGCUAGCUUUGACAAUUGUCGGUCUCCAAAAUGACAGCAAUCAUCCACAAUUCCACGAAGCCCGUUUGCAAAGUAUGAUUGCCUUGAUCGUCUCCCAGCCCCUCAAAAUGGCUCGCUGGUUCGCAGCGUUCUUCUUUGAAGGCGAUCUGUCCCAAGUUCAGCGAUCCGCCGUGCUCACGGCCCUCGGUCUUAGCGCCCGCGAAAUUUCCGGAAAUGGAGAAGACGAUGCUAAAGCAUUAGGUCUUCCUGCUUUGCAAGAUACUUCGUUCCCAUCUAAACGCCUUGCGCCAGCAUUAGAUGCCAUGUUCCAAGGAUCCAAAGAUUCUCCCAUCUCAGCACUUACCAGAGAAAUGUCAAAAGCGUCGCUACAGCCGAUGGCGGCCAAUGCAGCCGAUGCAGUCACAGGGCCAAAUGCACUCAAAGUGCGCACUUUCUCGACCCGCAUGGAAGUUGAGAAGAAACGCCAGCAGCGCGCUGCGCAGCGGCAGAAGUCCGUUGCAAAGGAUCUUCACAAGGUUCUUGCCGAGGGCUUCUUCUACCCUCUUACCAGCCGAUUUACCGUGAUGAUGCUUCAAUUUUCCUCCUCAUCCGUGUCAUCUCACAACCCAUUCAUGAUUCCCCAUAUUUUCACCCUCUUUCUUCAAACUCUCUCCCUGAUUCUCACUACCUCUGGUCCACACUCUACCUUCCUGCCGGGUCUUACCCACGACACUCUCUCGCUACUCUUGUCUCUACACACAAGUCCCAUAUCCAAUGAUCCAACAGUCACUGCUGCACUUCUUACCCUGUUUCUCGCAGCAAUAGACUUGAACAUUGCCUCUGGAUCGAACGGUGAAGAGCGCCUUGUUACAGAGUGCGCGAAUCAGGUGAUUGAAUUGCGUGAGUGGGCUUCUCAGGUGUUCGACAACACACCUGCUGCUCCGGGUAAAUCGAACUCCAACACGCCUGCCGAUACGCAGGAUCAGGUACGAACUUUAGCUGCUGGCGUAAUGAUUCGAAUUGGGGAGAUCACGGAGCGGUAUCAGGGCCGCUUGAUGGGUGUCAAUGCUGGAUUCAAGUACUGA